AUGAUAUCAUUGAUUAUCCUUUUUAUUGUGCCCCAUACAUAUGGAGUAAACUCUCAAGUGUUAACAACUCAAGUAGAAUCACUUUGUAUGACCGAUUUUGUUGUUGUUAACAUGAAUUCUCCAGAAGUGAAUAUCAGAAACUACACGUUGUGUUACAACAGAAUACCAAACUAUGAAAUUAAUGUUCAUGGAUAUAAUAUUAAGUCACUUUGCUUUGUCCAUCCCGAUUAUUUAAUCGUUAACAAGAGCACUUUAUUUCUUAAUAGAUGUGGGGAAUGGCUUCAAAUAAUAGGACCAAGUGAAAACAUCGUUAAUUGUAUGGUAGCAGGAUCUGCGGAUAUUGGAACAGCAGAUUCUACUUUAGCAAUUGAAAGACGAACAAUUGGAGUUUAUUCUUUGUUAUAUAAACGUCUUACUUCCGGCGUUGAUAACACUAAAAAUUACUUAACACAAGUUACAAUGUUUGAAGUUGCUUUUGACUUGGGAAUACCUCCUUCUUUCUAUGUGAUUUAUAGAAACGAAAGUAGUGUGACGAUCCAAUUUACAGACCACAACAGACCUCCUGAG